UAGAGUCAACGUCUUGAUUGAUACACGUUCUUCUUUUCUUUGUGCUAGGAGAUUGCUUUCUCCAACUAAGCAAAGAGGUUCUGUCUCCAGAGAUCUAUACAACACAAAUGGAUCCUUCUGUUUUACUUACCAAUGUUGUUUCUGCUGCAAUAGGCUUCUUCGUGUUCUUUAAACUGUUUAGAUCCCAUCAAGAAAACAAAGAACCCUCCUCAUUAUCAUCAUCAUUAUCAUCAGCUCCUUCAUCUACUAACUGUACAUACGACGUCUUCCCGAGCUUCCGCGGAGAAGAUGUCCGCAAGAACCUUUUCAGUCAUAUUCAAAAGGAGUUUCAGAGAAAAGGAAUCACACACUUCAACGAUAACGAGAUCAAGAGAGGAGAGUCCCUCCGUCCUGAAAUCGUAGCCGCCAUCAAAGGUUCUAAGUUCGCCAUCGUCUUGCUCUCGAGAAACUACGCUUCUUCGAAAUGGUGCCUUGACGAAUUGGUUGAGAUUAUGAAGUGCAAACAAGAGUUAGAUCAAACAGUGUUGCCCAUUUUCUACGAAGUUGAACCGUCUCAUGUAAAGAAGCUUACCGGAGAUUUUGGAAAAGUUUUCAGAGAGACUUGUGAGGGAAGAAGCAAAGAAGAAACUGAGAGAUGGAGACAAGCUUUGGAGGAGGUAGCUACAAUUGUUGGUUACCAUUCAAUCAACUGGGAUAAUGAAGCGGCCAUGAUAAAAAAAAUCGCUACUGAUGUUUCAGCAGAGCUGCUAAAUAAUGCGCCUUCAAAUGUUUUGGACGGUUAUGUUGGGAUGAGAGCUCAUAUGGCAAAGAUGGAACAAUUAUUAUGCCUAGAAUCUAAUGAAGUGAGGAUGAUAGGGAUUUUGGGUCCUUCCGGAAUUGGUAAGAGCACCAUCGCCAGAGCUCUAUUUGAAGAAUACUCUCAUAAGUUCCAGCUUAGUGUCUUCAUGGAGAAUAUCAGAAGACGGUAUCCAAUACCUUGUCGCGAUGUAUACAGCACGCAGCUGCAGCUACAAUCGGAGAUGUUAUCUCAAGUUUUCGACCAGCAGGGCAUCAAUAUUCGUCAUUUGGAUGUCGCAAAAGACAGAUUAAAAGACAAAAGAAUGCUCAUCGUUCUUGAUGAUGUGGACCAUGUGAUGCAACUAGAUGCACUGGCUAAAGAAGCUCGGUGGUUUGGUCCUGGAAGCCGGAUUAUCAUGACGACGCAAGAUAAAAGAGUUUUGCAUAGGCAUAGGAUUAACCAUAUACAUGAGGUGGGUUUCCCAUCUGACCGUAAGGCUCUUAAAAUCUUCUGCAUGUAUGCUUUUGGUCAAAAGUCACCGUGUUAUGGUUUUGAGAGCCUCGCUAGGAAAGUUACACAACUUUCCGGUAACCUACCUCUCGGACUAGUGGUUAUGGGGUCUUAUUUCCGAGGAAUGACGUCGAGGCAGGAGUGGGAAAUGGAACUACCAAGGUUAUGGAGUAGCGUUACCGGAGAAAUUGAAAGCGUUUUGAAGUUCAGUUACGAUGCUUUAUGUGAUGAAGAUAAAGAUUUAUUUAUCUAUAUAGCAUGUUUCUUCAACGACGAAUGGAUUGAAAGAGUGGAAGAAUUUCUAGCGGAGAAUUUCUCUAACGUGAGAUAUGGUCUUCGCGUUUUAGCUGAUAAAUCUCUCAUAUCUAUCGACCGUGGAUGGAUAAGGAUGCAUAAUUUGCUAGCAUGUUUUGGUAGAGAAAUUGUUAGUAAACAAUCAAUUCAUGGCCCUGGGCAGCGACAGUUUUUGGUUGAUGGUAGAGAGACAUGCCAAAUACUGAGUAACUCCUAUACACCAGGUAACAUAAAUGUAAUAGGCAUAGAUUGCGAAUAUUCUGAUAUAGAGGGUGGGUUAUAUAAGAAUGACAAAGCCUUCGAAAAAAUGAGUAAUCUCCAAUUCUUAAGGAUCGGUGAUACUCACCCGAGAGUGCACUUACCACAAAGUCUGAAAUACUUACCUCUGACACUUAGAUUACUAGAUUGGGAUGGUUUCCCAAUGACAAGCUUGCCUUCUAAUUUCAGUCCGGAGUUCCUCGUGGAAAUAUACAUGCCUUCAAGCAAUCUUGAGAAACUGUGGGAAGGAAGUCAAACAAUUAGAAAUCUCAAGCGGAUGUAUCUGAGGGAUUCCAAAAACCUGAAGGAGGUUCCUGAUCUCUCAACAGCCACUAAUCUAUGGAAAUUGGAUCUCAGCGGUUGCUCAAGUUUGGUGGAACUCCAGUCAUCUAUUGGGAAUGCAACUAAUCUCAAUGAACUGUUCCUCAGUCGUUGCUCAAGUUUGGUGGAGCUCCCAUCUUCCAUUGGGAAUGCCACCAAACUCAAGAGAUUGAAUCUUAGCAAUUGCUCAAGUUUGGUAGAGCUCCCGUUUUCUAUUGGGAAUGCUACUAAUCUCAUAGAACUGGAUCUCGGCGGCUGCAUUAGUCUGGUGGAGCUCCCUUCUUCUAUUGGAAACCUUCAUAAGUUGUCGUUGUUUACUUUGAAAGGUUGCUCAAAGAUAGAAGAACCCCUUCCGGUCAAUAUCAACAUGAAAUCUCUAAGAAUACUUGAUCUAGCCGAUUGCUCCUUGUUGAAAACAUUUCCUGAGGUUUACGCGAACAUUCAACGUCUCAGUCUCAACGGAACUGCUAUACAAAAACUCCCUUCGUCGACCACGUUAUGGACGCAUCUCUAUCACUUGGCUAUGCCGUACAGCGAAAGCCUGCGGACUUCUUCACCGCAUGCUUUUGACCUCAUCACGGAGCUCCACGUGUGCGAUCAAAGGAUACGAGAGCUAGCUCCAUGGAUAAAGGAAAUGACUCGUCUACGUAAACUUGUGAUCAGUGGAUGCACAAAGCUAGUUUCGCUACCGCAGCUCCCAGACUCCUUACGGUACCUAGACGCAGAGAACUGCAAGUCCCUAGAGAGGCUAGAUUCUUCUAUUUCUUCUUUACAACAUGUUGGUGCCAACUUUGGUAACUGCUUCAAACUGAAUCAAGAAGCAAGAGAGCUGAUCAUAAGGACUUGUAGAUUUGCGGUCUUGCCUGGUGAACAAAUGCCCAUGUACUUUCUUUGGCAGGCUACAGGGAGUUCCCUGUUGAUGAAAGGGAAUGGAAUGGAUCAUAUACCGUUGAUGGGUUGUGUAUUGGUAGUUAAUAAGAUUGGUGACAGGAGGAAGGAGGAGAUGGAUGUAUAUUAUUGCAUCAAGGAUGGUACCACCAGUGUAAGGCAUAGAUCAGGGAUUCACUCGCAGCGGUUCCCACUUUUAAACGAGCAUCUCUACACGUUAGAGAUCGAAGAAAAGGAGGUGAGUUGCGGGGAUUCAUCAGUGUUUGAGUUUGAAGUAAGAGAUAAGAAAUGGGAGGUUAGAGAAUGCGGUCUAAAUUUGGUUCCACAACUUUGA